AUGGCAGCUCUGCAAAGAAUAUUAUUUCUUAAUCAGAGACACCAUUUAAGACGACGUCGACGUAAUCCAAGAGACCGGGUAGUUCGUCUGAAUGCAGCUCAUCGUUUAAAUAUCAACCCAUUACAUCUUUCUGAUGAUGUGCUGUGUGACAGAUACCGGCUUUCUAGGGGUGAAAUCAUGACGCUACUUGGCCUAGUGCAGGAGGAGUUGACAAGAACAACCAGGAGAAAUUUUGCCCUUAGCCCAACCAUACAGCUACUAACGGCUCUUCGAUUUUAUGCCACAGGUGGAUUUUCGCAGACUCUUGGUGAUGGCCAUAGGCUAAGCAAAGCAGCUGUGUCAAAAUGUGUGCAUGCUGUCACUAAAGCACUGCUGCGCCAUGCACCAACAUAUAUAACAUUUCCACAAACCAGGGAUGCAUUGCAUGAAACCAAAACAGGUUUUCAUGCAAUUGCAAACAUUCCUGGAGUUGUUGGUGCAGUGGAUGGCACACUGAUACCCAUACACACUCCCAGCCUUUUGAGUCCAAACUACAUCUGCCGUAAAGGCUACUCAGCGUUGAAUGUACAAGUUGUAUGUAACCAUCAAGGCCUCUUUACGGACAUAGUGGCCAAGUGGCCUGGAAGCACUCAUGACUCCUUCAUCUGGGCCAAUUCUGGAGUGUGUCAGAUGACCGAGGCUGAGGAGAGAUACAACAUGGCACACAGCAGAACACGUAGUAUUGUUGAAAGAGCUUUGGGCAUUCGGAAAAUGCGUUUUCAGUGCCUACACAAAUCAUCAGGGGGGCUUAGGUGUUCACCAGAACGCAGCUGUGCCAUCAUUGCUGUAUGUGCUAUGCUGCACAACAUAGCAGUUCAUGCUGGUAUAAGCCUUCCUGAUGAGGAAGAUGAAGAAGUUGAGGAGAGAGAAGUCAACAUUCCUGUUCCUGCCGAAUUACCAGGAGAGACAAGAGGACUUUACCAGGCUGGCUUGGAAACACGAAGGCAAAUAAUAAACAAUGUUUUUGUCUAA